UGCAGGAGUACAGGGCGUGGAGUGUUGCAGCGUGAGCGUGGAGCUGGAGUCGCCGGUGGUGGUGGUGCCGGUGUCGGCGGAGAGCAGCGCGGUGCUGGUGGCGCACCUGGGCCGGAUGAGCCUCGCCAACCGGCCCGGCCCGCCCGCGCACACCGCCUACACCGUGCGCCUGCGAGACAUCGCCCUGGCCACGCUGGACGUGGCCGAGAAGCUGAAGCACCGGCCGCUGACCGCCGAGAGCAUGGAGGACACGUACGACGUGUCGGCCGGCAAGCCCGUGCUGCACGACACCGCGCUGCAGCUGACCCUGGACUACUGCGACAAGGAACUCGACGGGGAAGUCGUCUACCAGUGUGAAGUGACCGGGAAAAUAGUGGAGGGGCUGCAGCUGUCCGCGUGUCGCGAGCAGUACGAGCAGCUGCUGCAGGCGCUGUCCUCCGCGGCCGGGCCCCCCGCGCCGCGCCCCGCGCCGCACCCCGCGCCCUCGCACCAGCCCCCCGCGCACGGACUGCACGACGGCGGGUCGGUGGUGGAGGGCGCGGUCCCUACGCUGCGGCUGGACCCCGCGGUGCGCGCGGCGGUGCUGGCCGUGCCGCGCCCCGCCAGCGCGCCGCCCGCACCGCACUUCAUCCCGCUCAUCGUCCGCGCGGAGGUGCCGGCGCUGAGCGUGCGGCUGCGCGCCGACGUGGGGGAGGGGGAGCGCAGCCUGGUGGAGCUGUCGGUGCAGCAGCUCGCGCUGCACUACCGCCGCGCGCGCCCGCACCACACCGCGCUGCAGGUCCGCCUGCAAGGUGUCCGCAUGGAGGACUUGGUAGCGGGGCGGGACCCGCGGCAUCGCCUGCUGUUGCAGUCACACGUGGGACGCGCGCCCCCCGGCCCCCGCACGCGCGCCCGCUCCGUGCCCCCCGCGCCCGCCCCGCCCCGCACGCCGCGCGCCCCGCGCCCCCGCUCGCUGUCCCCGGGAACCACGCUCGACCAGUCCCCGGAAAAAGACAAGGCAAAGAAGCAGGAAAAUAAAUGUGGAGCCACGCCUCCUUGUUCGCCCGAAGGAGAGGGAGAUACAGAAGACGACGCGCAGUUUGACGACUCUCCGUCGUCCGACGACGACAACCUGGUCUGCGUGUCCGUGCACACCACGGACCCCGAGCAUCCAGAGUUCGAGACCAAAUAUCAGAAGGUAUCUAAGCUGACAACGGUGGAAUUCAACAGUCUCAACCUGGUCAUCAACAUCGACAGUUGGGUGGCCGUCCUCGACUUCUUCGGCAUCGCGGGAGACGACGACCCGCCGCCAGGGCCGCCACAGGACGACCCGCAGACCGUGGAGUCGGAGAGCGCGGCGGGCACGGUCUCACAGACGGACGUAUCCGUGAGGUCGCUGUCCGUGGUGGUGGUGGGGGGGCGCGGGGAGACGUGUCGUGCGCUGCUGUGCCGCGUGAGGCUGCAGGCCACCGCCACCGGCCUCACGCGCCAGCUGCGGGGGCGCCUCGCCGCGCUCUGUCUGCAGGACCUCACGCCUCAUGCGCCGCUCUGGAGGAAUCGGCUGCGGACCCACGCCACGCCGGCCCUCUCCUUCCACUACCGCAGGCUGGGCGGCGCGGAGGCUGCGCAGGCGGGCCACGACUCCAGCCUCAGCGUGGAGCUGGGCGCGGUCACGUACGUGCACACCAAGAGGUUCGUGCACGAGCUGCAGACCUUCGCCGCAGAGUUCAGUCUGUUGCGCCGCGUCAUCAUGCAGGCCAGGCUUAAGGUGUCCCCCCCCGAGCGGCGGGACCGCGCGGCGCGGGUGCGGGUGCGGCUGCGCGCGGCGGCGCCCACCAUCGUGGUGCCGGUGUCCGGGCGCAGCGCCCGCGCGCUCACCGCCCGCCUGGACGCGCUGGAGCUGGACACCGCCUUCCGCCGCGCCGGCCAGCCCGGCACCGUGUCCGCGCUCCGGGACGCCGACGCCAGUGAGCGCGAGCUGCUGGAGGUGCGCACCGUGAAGCUGGAGGGGCUGUCGCUGCGGUGCGGCCGCGGGCCCCAGCUGCUGCAGGCGCCGGCGCAGCUGCUGCUCUGCAUCGAACGGAACCUCGACCCCACACACAACGUGGCGGACAUGACCAUCCAGGGCACCCUGGCGACGCUGGUGUGCUCGGUGGACGCGGCGCAGUACGGCGUGGUGCGCGGCGUGCUGGACCACAACCUGGGGGACACCCUGCCGCCCGCGCCCGCCGCGCCCUCCCCGCCGCCCCACCAGCAGGUGUGGACCACGUUGUCCAUAAGGCUGGAGCUGCUCGACGUGACCGUGCGCCUGGAGCCCGAGCACGGCGUGACGUCGCUGGCCUGCAUCAAUUUCAUCAAAUCGCGUCUGCUCGUCGAGAUAUAUUCCGACCUCAGCCAGGACAUCGACUUAGUGUCGCAGGAGAUCCUGGUGAGCGACACGCGCUUCGCGGCCGAGCCCGCCAACCGGCGCGCCAACGUGUUCGCGCGCAUCGUGCAGCCCAUGCCGGAGCACCCGCACAGCGUGCAGGCCGAGGUGCACGCCAGGAAGCGGCAGGACUCCUCGGCGUACACCAUCCUGAUCAACAACAUGCGCCUCAUGGCCAUCCUGGACUGGUGGGAGGCGGCCGGCAACUUCAUCCUGCAACCGCCGCCCCCGUCAGCAGACGCAGGCCAACCCAACAUCGAGGAGUCAUCCCACGCGCGGGGCUCGAGCGCGGCGCCGCACGACGAGCCGCGCCUGGAGCUGAAGCUGAACGUCACGGACUCGCAGCUCGUGCUCGUCGAGGACGCGUCCCUCUGGGACACCAACGCCGUCAUACUGCGGAGCACGACCGUGCUGCGCUACGCGGGCGGCAGCUCCGUGCCGGUGUCGUGCUCGCUGUCGGAGCUGGAGGUGUUCUCGUGCGUGCUGGGGCUCGAGGAGGAGACGGCGCUGUCCAUCAUCGACCCGGCCGCCGUGCAACUCACGCUCCACGCCGACCGGACCCUGCACGUACAAAUGGGCACGUUGAACCUGCGACUCUCGUACCACGACAUGCGCAUGUUCGCCUCCAUGUUGCAGUCGCUACCGGUCCAAGUGCGGGCCGCUCUGUCGGGUAAAGCAGAGGAGCCGCUGAAGAAGGAGGAUGUCCCCGCGAACAGCGUGUACAUGCGCGCGCCGCCCGCCUGGCCCGCGCCGCUCGCCCGCGCGCGCCCCCCGCACGCCCGCGCGCACCCCCCGCUGGCCCGCACGCGCCCACCCCCCGCGAGCCCGCCCAGCGCCGUGUGGCCGCUCGCUGCGGUGCAGGUGACGGCGGACUGCGUCGCGCUGUGCGUCAUCGACGACUGCCUGGACUCCGACGUGCCCCUCCUGGAACUGUCCCUCUCCGAGCUGCAGGUGGAGCAGGAUCUCCGCAAGGCGCCCGGCUCGCUGGAGGACCCGGUGCUGGUGUCGAGCCCGGCCAGCCCGGUGCGGGGGGGCGCGGGAGGGGGCAGGCUCGCCGCCGGACUCGCUGUGGACUACUACAACCGGACGCUGUCCAGUUGGGAGCCCAUGGUCGAACCUUGGAGGUUCGAGAGUCGAUGGGAGACGAGUUUGACGAGCGAACUGUCCCUGUCCCGGGCCCAGGUGCACGUGACGUCAGCGGAGACGCUCAACUUGAACGUGACGUCAGCGCUGGUCGAGCUGCUGAUGCUCGUACGGGCCAACUGGACCGCCGACUACUACGCGCCGCACGCACAAUCCGGAGCGACGGAGCAGUCACCGAAAAGCAGCCCGGCCGGCCACAGGCGACGGUCACCGUUCGUGCCCUACGCUCUACGGAACCACACCGGUCACAAGCUGUGGUUCACGACGCUGCUGACCACCGUGGACGAGAUGAGGCCCACGGGCCGCGGCGACGGGUGCGGGCCGGACGACACGUGGAUGUUGGUGCGGGCGCAGCACACGGAGCCGUUCUCGUUCGGCGGGCGGCGGGCGCGGCGGCGGCCCGUGGCGGCGCUGCACCGCUGGACCGUGCUGCUGCGGCUGGACGGCUGGGACCCCCCCGACCCCGUCUGCGUGGACCGCGUCGGCCUCUACUUCCGGACCCUCACGCACACGAAAACCGGCGCAGAGGCUCGCAUCGUGUUCGAAGUGUCGUUAGAAGGAUCAGCCAGGAAGCUGGUGACGGUGCGCUCGGCGCUGCAGCUGGUGAACAAACUGCCUCACCCAGUCGAAGUCAGGAUGGACCACGCGCCCUCCACUGAGGAGGGCGACACUGCGGGCGCGGUGCGGGCGUGGUGCGCGGCGCUGCAGCGGCCCCGCCUGCCCCCCCGCGCGCCCCCCCGCGCGCCGCCCCUCGCCCUGCGCCCCGCGCUCUCAGCUCGCGGUACUCACGCCUCGCAUCACUCAUCUGUCUCUUAUCUGCAGUCCUAUUCGCAGUGGGUGGGGGGUGGCGUGCGCAGCGCCCGGGUGUCGCCGGGGGACUCGUGGGCGGCGCCGCUGGAGGCGGAGGGGGGCGCGCUGUGGACGCGUCCCCUGCCCCCCGCCCCGACGCCCGCGCACCCCUACUCUCCCACCGCCAUACACUGGAAGGACGCCUCGCCUUCCAAGCCCUUAUUGCACUACUCCUGCACCGCGCCGCCCGAUCACGUCUACAGGUUUUGCUGUGUGAUGAUACGGGAGCGGUUCCCACCGGACCGCGGCCCUCCCAUCGCGGGCCACACGCUGACCCUGGUCCCAGCGCUGCGCCUGGAGAACCUGCUGCCUCUGGAGCUGCAGUAUCGGUCUGUUAACAAAGCGGGCCUCGUCGUGCACGGCUCCGUCGCGCCCGGAGACACCAAGCCAUUCCAUCAGGUCAACGUUGAAGAAGGCGUAGAACUGAGCAUCAAACUGGAAGGGUUCGGUUGGUCCACUUCCGUCGUGGUGGGGGGUCCGGGGGGUGCCGGGGGUGCCGCGGGAACACCGGCCUCCUUCAGCGCCAAGAUCAAGCUCAGGGACACCCGUUCUCGGCGACUCUACCUUAACGCUCGGGUCACCGUCAAGAAGACUGAUGGGAUGAAAGUGUCUGUGUCGGCCGCGUACUGGCUGGUGAACCGCACCGGUCUGCCGCUCGUGUACCGCGCUGAGGGCAGUGCGGCAGACGCGGCAGGACAGUUCGCGGAGCACGAGUUGGCGCGGGUCGUGGCGCCUCUGCUCUUCUCCUUUGCCGAGCCUGAUGCCAGGCCCACGCUCUGUGCGAGGCUGGGUCGUGGACUCCCUGGGAAUCCGGAGUGGUGCUCACCGUUCGGGCUGGGCCCCGGCGUGAGCGUGAAGCGGCUGGAGGUGCGCGGGGAGGGCGAGGGCGGGGGCGGGGAGCGGGUGUACGCGGUGGGCGUGUCCGUGCGCGCGGGCCGCGGCCGCUACCGCCGCACCAACAUCGUCACGCUGGCGCCGCGCUACCAGCUGCACAACAACACCACGCGCACGCUGCAGUUCGCGCAGGCCUGCGCCGCCACCACCCUGGUGCGUGCUCGCCAGCCCACAGUACAAUAUAUUCAGGUUUCAAACCUUGACCCUCGAGUGACGGAGCCGGACGGUUCGUACCAGCUAGUGCGGGUGGAGGUGGUGCUGCAGGGCGCGACGCUGUUCGUGGUGCUCACGGACGCGGAGUGUGCGCCGCCCCCGCUGCGCAUCGACAACUACUCGCCUGUCUCCAUCAUAUACCACCAGGUACUAACGACCCCCUCGGGUGCGGGGGGUGGAGAUUUAAUCCGUUUAUUUGUCAAACUGUACAUUGGGCGGCGGGCGCGCGCGCAGGUGGGGUGCGCGGAGGAGAGCGCGGUGCGUGCGCACGGGCGCGAGGUGUGCGCGCUGCCGGCGGCGGAGGGCGCGCGCGUGCUGGCGCUGCGGGCGCCGGGCGGGCCGCCCCGACACCUGCCGCUGGACGUGCUGCCGGCCACGCACACGCUGCUCUAUCAGAACUUCAUCUACGUCGUCUUCCAGGCGACCGCCAGAGACUCCAACCCAUCUAAUACCGGGAAGCAGGCUCCGCCGGCCGACGCCGAUGACAACGUGCUGGUGCUGGAAGUUCCACUCGGCUCCACACGAGUUCAGCUUGGAAGAAAACGAUAUGGGGACAGAGACUCCAACCCAUCUAAUACCGGGAAGCAGGCUCCGCCGGCCGACGCCGAUGACAACGUGCUGGUGCUGGAAGUUCCACUCGGCUCCACACGAGUUCAGCUUGGAAGAAAACGAUAUGGGGACAGGUCACAGCUGUGGAGACGCGGACCCAACGACCAGCUGAUCCACGAGGGCAGCUCCCCUCCCCAGCCCACCGACUCUCAGCUCUCAGAAGAUGCGCCACUCUCGCCUCACGCUAUGGUGCUGGACAUCGAGGACGCGGCUCCGCGGCCGGGGCGCGCGGCGGCGCUGGUGCUGCGGCGGGCGGACGCGCGGCGGGCCAGCACGCAGGCGUGGCAGCUGCGUGCGGCGCGUCUGUGCUGUGCGCACCGCAACCUGUGCGUGCAGCCCGACCCGCCCUCGCUCAUGGGGCUCGCGCCAGGCAGUCGCGUGGUGCUGGGGAUGGCGGGGGCGAGCGUGCGGCCGGAGCAGCAGGUCAGCUGGCACACCCUGCGGCCCGGCAGCGGCAAGCUGCUCCUCACGCUGCAGGCCGACGGACCCACGCGACUCAUACAGAUACGCGACCAACAGGCGCCCGACUCGGGCUGGGUGGAGGGCGACGGAGAGCGCGGCGGGGGCGGCGGGGGCCGCGAGUGGGAGGUGUGGGUGUCGGCGGGGGGCGUGUCGGUGUCGCUGGUGGGGGGCGGCGAGGAGCUGGUGGCGGCGCACGCGGUGUCGCUGCGGGCGCGGGCCUGCCUCACGCCCUCCGCCGCCAGCCUGGCGCUCACCCUGCAGGACAUGCAGUGGGACAACCAGUUACUGGGCACCCCAAGCCCUGUGCUGCUGUACUGCCUCCCGGACCGCAGCGGCGCCAACGCCCCAGCCCUCCAUGCGUCGGUGGAACUCCAGCGAUCUCCCUCCGACAAAUACAACGCGUACUUCUUCAGGCACUUGGUUGUCGCGCUCAAACCUCUGGCGGUCAGAUUGGAGGAAAGGUUGAUCCUGGUGCUGUGGUCGUGGUGGCGCGAGGAGGACGAGGACAGCGCGCAGGAGCAGGUGGACGAGGCGGACUACGAGACGCGCCGCAUGCUGCACAGCCUCACCGCGCUCUCCGCCACCAGAUACUACUUCGGCCUACUCAAGAUUAUACCCAGCCAGAUCCGGCUGUCGAUGUGCACGGCGAACAAGCUGGACAGUUCGCUGGGCUCGCUGAAGCGGCGGCUGGGCCUCACCCUCAUCAAGUUCGAGGACGCGGCCGUGGAGCUGGAGCCCUUCGAACGAGUGCACGUGUUCGAAACCGCGUCCUACCUCGGCAGGCAAAUGCUGGCUCAUUUUAAAGACGAAUUAAAAUGGCAAGCCGCCAAGAUAUUAGGGUCUGUGGACUUCUUGGGCAACCCCCUGGGCUUCGUGGCGGACGUGUCGGAGGGCGUGACGGGCCUGCUGCUGGAGGGGAACGUGGGCGCCCUCCUCAAGAACGUCACGCACGGGAUCUCAAACUCCGCCGCCAAAGUGUCGGAAUCCCUGGGCGACGGGCUGGAGCGCGUGGUGUGGGACGAGGCGCACGAGGAGACGCGGCGCCGGAUCCGCAGUGCUGCCCAUGGACAUCACCUCGCCGCCGGACUCAGGGGACUCGGGCUCGGCAUACUCGGGGGUAUGACGUCACUGGUGAAACACAGCUACGAAGGCGCGACGCAGGAGGGGCUGGGAGGGUUCCUGACGGGGGUGGGGAAGGGGCUGGUGGGGACCGUCACCAAGCCUGUCAUCGGCGUCCUCGACCUCGCUGCUGAGACGGCUUCGGCACUCAGGGACACCAGUCGAAGGUCGGACAAGUGGGUGCCGGCGCGGGUGCGCGGGCCGCGGUGCGCGUGGGGCGCGGGCUCCGCCCUGCCGCGCUACUGCGGGGCGCAGGCCCACGGCGCGGCGCUGCUGUACGCGCUCAACAACAACGACUACUCCGAGCGCUUCCUGGCCUACCGCAUCGUCCGGGACACGCCGCACGACAUCCGCGCGCUGCUCUCGGACUCCUACCUGCGCAUCUUCACCUGCAAGCACUCUGCGCCGCAGGUCGUCAUGGAGACGCACCUCAGCAACCUGGUGUCGUGCGCGGUGGUGGAGGCCGGCGGCGCGCAGCUGGUGGAGCUGGGCGUGCGCGGCGGCGAGGCGGGCGUGCGGCGGCCGCGCGUGCAGUGCGACUCGGCGGCGCUGGCGCGCUGGCUGCGCACGCACGCGCUGUACGCCGCGCAGCUCUACCACGAGCGGGCGCACACGCUGCUGCCGCCCGAGCCCGCACUCUGCGCGCCCGGGAACCAUUAAACGACUACAUCAUAACAUUAAAUGACAUUUCGACUAAUAUUUAUAUUUAAUUUAGUGAAAAUACAUUACCUGUAGCUCCGAGGACCAAAUAUUAUUUAUCUUAGGCAAUCGUUAAUUCGUAAUAUAUUCGUAAUAAUAAUAAUAUAUUUGACCUGUUUAAUUGUAACUAAAUAUUUGUACAUUUAACUUUUUUCAUUAUCUAACUUCUAUAAAAAGCUCAUCCUGAAAACCGCGACUGGCGAUUUCAUUCACAAAACGUUACCGAAGAACAAUUGCAUUACGUGAAGUCGCUGAAUUAAUGUAUUUCCUAUUCCUAAGUACAUACUAGGACGCGCCCCCCGCCCCCCGCGGCCCCCGCCCCCGCGGCGCGGCGAACCCGCGAGUUGAUCUGAGCUGAACUGCCCCCGCUCCAACACGACGUGCAAAAGUAGAGGCAGCUGCCGCGCCCCCCCACUCCCCUAUGACUCAGCGAAAUGUUCUCCCAGAUUACAAUAGUAUGUACAUUUAUCUUCAGUCAAUCUGUGGGUGAUCACUCAAAGAGCUGUAAUUGCUAGAUUAAUUGUAUUCAUAUAUGAACAUUAGUCUGUGAUACAAAGAAAUUUUGCAAGAUACGUAUAAUAUUAGAAAAAUAAUAUAUUUUGUGUAAUUUAAAACUCAAUGUAAUAUUGAAUGGUACAUCGGGGCAAUAGCAGUCCUGGGCGCGUACGGACCCGGAGUCCCGCGGCCGGUGCGCUCGCGGAGAUCAGCAUCAUUGUUAGAAUACAGUUGACUAAGUCGUAAAAGAAAGCUACUGUACGUGUCUCCACCCCACAGCGCCCCACGCCUGCCACAGGUCUGCCCCAUACGGGCGGUCGAUCUAGAUUAAAAACUAAAAGCUUAUAUUUCAAAAGUUUAAUCCGUCUAAAUCACCUUAUCAAGAUACGGAUUAUAUUUAACUAUCUGUAUAAUAAAUCUUUCUCUCAGCCCAGCCUUUCUAAAGAUCCGUCUUGUUAAUUAUGUCUGUUGCCAAAUGUUUCACAAUCGUGGGCCUAAGUUGUACUCAGUUCAUUACGCAGUGAGAUCAAAGACACCCCUGUAAUGUGUGUAAAAGUAUAUCAAUGUAUGUUAGUCUGCGGAUGCUGGUAAUUUAUUGAUGUCUGAAGUUCGUUGCGAGAGUUUGAAUUAAUUUUGUAACUUGUGAUUUGAAGCAAUAAAAUUAUGGAAAACUUUA